CCAGCUGGCAGAAAUCCCCGCUCACAUUUUUGCUAAUAUUUCGCUUGUUCGCUUCUAUCCGAUAAAAUAGGUACAAUAAUUUACUCAAGCUUGGCAGUUAGCAUCUUUUCUUGACCAAGACAGAAAAACACGUUUGUUUUUGUUGCAGUAAGUUAGUCCUAGAAACGAAUAAAAGUGCAUAUUCCACAAUUUGGUGAUAUCUCAUACAUUUUAGGGCAUGGUUUGCCUCCGUCGGCCUUUUCUCGCGUGGGAGCCGCGAAGUGGGGUGCGGGGUGACGCGCUUCGACUGAAAGUUUUGUGUUUACUUAGUGCAUGUAAUAAUUAAUUCUGUAAGACAUCAAUUGAAGACUAAAGAUGGACCAGCAAAACAUUAUAAAUCUGUUGCGAAGCACGUUAGACAUCAGCCACCAGAAGGAAGCAUCUGCUCAGCUCGAUCAGAUGUACAAGAUCAUCGGCUUUGCGCCGACCCUGCUACAGAUCGUGAUGAACAACCAGGUGGAGAUGCCGGUGCGUCAGUCAGGCGCCAUCUACCUGAAGAACAUGGUGAAGCGCAGCUGGGCUGACCCGGGCCUCCACCUCAAGUACAAGCCGCGCGAGCCGAUGCCGUUCCUUAUCCACGAGCAGGACUGCGCCGUGCUACGUGACACCAUGGUGGACGCCGCCGUGCACGUGCCCGAUAUUCUGCGGCAGCAGCUGACCGUGUGUCUCAAGGACAUGGUGAGCAGCGACUUUCCGGAGCGCUGGCCGGGCGUCGUCGACAAAAUCUCCAUCUACCUGCAGAACCCCGACAGAAACAUCCUCUCCGGAGCGCUCAGCUGCCUCUACAAGCUAGUCAAAUGUUUCGAAUACCGUGCCGAGGAAAAACGCCAACCAGUGGUGGACGCAAUGAACCUGCUGCUGCCCAUCAUGUACCAGCGCAUGUGUGAGCUGAUGCCAGACAUCGGCGAGUGCUCUGUCCUCCUUCAGAAGCAGAUCCUCAAGAUCCUGCGCAGCUACCUGCUGCACCAGCUGCCGCUGGAGCACAUCACCCGCGAGGUGUUUACCCAGUGGAUGGAGCUGAUUCGUCAGGUGGCCGAGCGGCCGGUACCCGAGCAGGCCAAUCAGAUCGACGAGGAGGAGCGCUGUAACCUCUGCUGGUGGAAGUGCCGCAAGUGGGCGCUUCACCUGCUCAACCGCACAUUCGAGAGGUACGGCAGCCCGGGUAAGGUGCUGAAGCAGUACGAGGAUUUCGCCGCGUGGUACCUGAAGGCGUUCACCCCGGGUACUCUGAAGGUGCUGAUUGGUAUCCUGGACAACUAUCGGAGCGGACAGUACGUGGCUCCCCGCGUUCUGCAACAGACCAUCAACUAUCUCAACAAGUGUGUGCCGCUGUCAUUCUCCUGGAAGCUACUGAAGCCGCACAUGCUGGUCGUCAUCAAGGACGUCAUCUUCCCAGUCAUGUGCUUCAGCGACGCGGACGCCUCCAUGUGGGAAGAUGACCCUUACGAGUUCAUCAGGGUCAAAUACGACCCUAUGGAGGACUCUGUCUCCCCGGCCAUCAGUGCCGCCUCCCUGCUGAACUCUGUGGCCAAGAAGCGCAAGGACAUGCUGCGCGACACCAUGAUGUUCGUCGUGCAGGUGUUGACGUCAUCCGAGACGACGCCCCGACAGAAGGACGGCAUUCUUCAUCUGGUGGGCAGCAUCAGCAAGGUGUUGCUGUCGAAGCAGCUGUACAAGAGUCAGAUGGAGAUGAUGGUGACCACGCACGUGUACCCCGAGUUCACCAGUCCACACGGCUUCCUACGCGCCAGGGCGUGCUGGGCGAUGCAGCAUUUCAGCAAGAUCAAGUUCCAGAACGACGAGAACCUGGUGACGGGGGUGAACGCCCUGACGCACUGUCUGCUGAACGACAAGGAGAUGCCGGUACAGGUGGAGGCCGCCAUUGGUCUCCAGAUGACCCUCCACUUCCAGACCAAGGCCGUCAAAAUCCUCGAGCCCAAUAUCCGGGCCGUGCUGGUGCGGAUGUUGGACGUGAUCACCACCACAGACAACCAGGAGCUAACUUCGUCCGUGCAGCGUAUCGUCUACACCUACCACGAGCAGCUGAUGCCCAUAGCCCUGGAGCUGGCCACCCGCGUGCUGGACGCCUUCAAGGGCAUCUGCACACAGUGUGGCGGCGAUGAGGCCGAGGACAAGAUGCCGGCGGCCAUGGGACUGCUCAACACGAUGGAUUCGAUCUUGGACGUGUGGGAGGACGAGCCGGAGAUUUGCGCCCAGCUGGAGCCCGUCUUCCUCCAGGCGGUGGUGUUUGUCCUGGAGAACAGCAUCAUGGACCUCUACGAGGACGUCUUCAAGAUCGUCAUCAGCCUCACCAUGACGCGCAUCAGCCCCGACAUGUGGAAAAUAUUCGAAAUGCUAUACAAGGUGUUCGAGGACGGCGGCAUCGACUACUUCGACGAGAUGAUGCCGUCGCUGCACAACUACGUCACAGUCGACACAGAGGGCUUCCUGGCCAACGAGGCGCGCGUCGUGGCCAUGUACAACAUGUGCAAGGCGGUGCUGACCGGCGAUCAGGACGAGUACAAGGAGCUGCACGCCGUCAAGCUACUCGAGUGUAUCAUCCUGCAGUGUCAGGGCCGCAUUCAGAAGUUCAUCCCCAUGUUCAUCCAGCUGGUGGUGGAGCGACUGAUGCAGGCGAUGCAGUCCGGGGACCUGCGCGUCAUGUGUCUGCAGACGCUGAUCGCGGUGCUGUACACGGAGCCGGCCCUGCUGCUGGAGACGUUCAGCAAGACGCCGAUCCCCAACACUAACCAGACGCUGGUCGAUCACUUCAUCACACAGUGGAUCAGCGACCACGAACACUUCUCAGGCAUCCACGACCGCAAGCUGUACGUCCUCGGCUGGUGCGUACUGAUGCAGCUGCAGAGCCGGCCGCCCGCCGUCGACACGGCCACCAACCAGAUCCUGCCCGCCAUGGUUGUCAUACUUCACGGGCUGAAGCGAGCUUACGAAGCACGAGCGCUGGAGGAGGGCGACGACUCGGACUCUGACGAGGAGGACGAGGUGGCCUCGCUGGACGAGGACGAGGACGAGCUGGACGAGGAGUCCAACCAGUACCUGGAGCUGCUACAGAAGAAGGUGCAGGAGGCGUCACCCAGCUCACCGUUCACCAUCUCGUCGCAAAUUAUCGAGGACGACAGUAGUGAGUACAGUCUCGACUACGACGAACUAUUCGAGGACUACACGACACCCUUGGACGCGGCCGACUGUCCGGUGGACGAGUUUGUCGUGUUCCGGGAGACGCUGGAGGGCCUGCAGCGCGCGCAGCCCGAGUGGUACGGCGCGCUGACGGCUCCCCUCUCAGAGGAGGACCGAAAACACCUGCAGGAGGCGUUCACCAUGGCCGAACAGCGCAAGGCCGCCCGGCACGCCGAGGCCAUCAAGAAACAGGGAGGUUACAACUUCGAACAGAAGACGGUGCCGUCCUCCUUCAACUUUGGCGGCGGCAACGUGACGUUCGGCAGUCCGUAGCGGCGGUGGCCGUAGUGAGUGUGCGCGUGCGCAGCUGCACGUCAGAAACUGCCCGGCCCGCCGGCCGCAACCCAAGUCAGGUCCUAUUUAUCGGCAACAGUAGCUUGACAGAGACGGUCCCGGUGGAGUGAGGUGGCGCGCGCGUCUGGUUGGGACUGACGACGCGCGCGCGUGCAUGCAAGAAUCCGGCGGCCGAGUCCGCCCCCACUGUGAUCGGCGCUGUCCGCCCGCCCGCCUGCCCGCCGCCGGUACAGAGCUGGCGUCGGAACACGGUUUUGUUGCCUUAUUGCUGUUGCAAAUUUGCAGCGAUACAAUAAUACCCCGACUCUCGGACUCUGCGUUUGGGGAGGGGGCGCCGGCGGGCCGAGGGUGCUGUGGCGAGUGUUGGACAGCGAGUGAGUGAGUGAGACCGGACGGUCGGCAGGGAUGGUGACGGUAACGGCGGGCCGGCGGCGCGGCGCCGGGUGUGACGCGGCGGACAGAACAGUUCAGACGGAGCGGACUGUGAGCUCCCGCCGGGCAGUAUGUGCGAGGGGCCCUUUCAGCGCAGCCCGCUGUCGGUUCGGCGAGGCCCAGCGACGAGACGCGAGACGAGACGAUGGAAGGCGAGCAGUCCAGAGGCCGGACGGCGAGCGCCAGCGCCGAGAAACAUCACUGUGACCGGCCACCGAGCAAAUACCUGUUACUGAAAAUAUGUUGUUGAUGCGGCGUCAAAUUGUCGUCAACUGUGGAGUGUGCCUCCGUUAGGGAAAUUCGUGACACCGACGGGGUAAAUUUUGAGGCAUUCGUUCCCGCAGUCAGCUUGGUACGGAUGCGAUCGGAGAAUCCCGUUCCAGUCGCUGCCGUCAAAUCCAGUGGGUGCGCCAUUUGUUACCGCCCCAGGCUAUGUCGGGACGGUCGCUUCUGCGGUGAACCGUGGAAGCUUGUUGUGGCCGGCGGACAGCAAAAUGGCGACCACGGACCUAUCUGACGUGUGCGCAUUUAUCUGUUUUGUAUUAAUGUAUUCUGAAAUAUUACUUCGGCGUUUGUGACAUGGCGUUGGCUGAUACGGGAUAGCGUGAGGCUACGAAAUGCGAGAGAUGGAUGAACUUCAAAUAAAAUGCAUGAGUAAUUUAAA